CUCGAUCCUGGGGAGCGCCCCUCUGCGACGCGACAGAGUGACGAGGACAGGGACUUCCUGGCUGCCUGCUUCAAGCUCGACCCAGGGGAGCGCCCCUCUGCCACUGAGCUACUGCAGCACCCCUUUGUGCAAGUGCCCGACACUCCAAGGGAAGCUCGGGGGGGGUUCUGA